AUGACCCUACAGACCUUCACUUUGGUCCCCCAUGACACCUUGCAGCAUGCCUACUUCCCUCACCUCCUUCUUCCUGUCCUGCUCUUGCUCCUCCAAGCCUGGCGGGGGAGCUGCCACCCUCAGUGUUUGGACUACAAGCCUCCAUUUGGGCCCCGGCCGCCACUGGUCUUCUGCAAGGAGUACUCAAAGUUUGGAUGCUGUGAUUUAGAAAAAGAUGGGGAGAUAUCAGUCAAGUUUUACACCAUCAUGGAGAACUUUGACCAUUCAGGGUUUGUCACCUGUGGCAAGUUCAUACGCAGCAUCCUUUGCCAGGAGUGUUCUCCAUAUGCUGCCCACCUGUACGAUGCAGAAGAUGCAAACACACCCAUGCGGAUGCUGCCCGGUCUGUGCGGUGAUUACUGCGCUGACUACUGGCUGCAGUGCCGAUACACUCUCAGCCUUCUCCUGGAGGACCUAGGGAGCCCGCACCAGUUUGCAAACCUGACUGCCACAAUAGAGGACGAUCAAAGAAAAUUCUGUAACUAUCUGGAGCUGAAGGACAAACAGUACUGCUAUCCUAAUGUACUGUCAAAUACAGAUCUAAACGCUAACUUGGGCGCAGUUCGUGAGGAUCCUAAAGGCUGUCUGGAGUUAUGCUUACAGGAAGUUGCCAACGGGCUCCGUAACCCUGUGGCGAUGAUCCACGCAGACGACGGAAGUCACCGCUUCUUUGUUGCCGAGCAGCUGGGCUAUGUGUGGGUGUAUUUGGCUAAUGGCUCCAGGAUUGACCGACCUUUCCUCAACCUCACACAAGCUGUCCUCACAUCGCCGUGGGCUGGAGAUGAAAGGGGUUUCCUCUGCAUAGCCCUCCACCCAAGGUUUACCACAGUCAGAAAAGCCUAUGUGUACUACUCUGUGUCUGUCAAGAAGGAGGAGAGGAUACGAAUCAGCGAGUUCACAUUGUCAGUACAUGAUGAUAACCAGUUAGACCACUCCUCUGAAAGAACCAUCCUAGAGGUGGUGGAGCCGGCGUCCAAUCACAAUGGAGGUCAGCUUCUGUUUGGCCAUGACGGCUAUCUCUACAUCUUUAUAGGCGACGGGGGCCGAGCCGGAGACCCAUUCGGGAAGUUUGGCAACUCACAGAACAAAUCAACCCUUCUUGGCAAGGCGCUGCGAGUUGACGUUGACAACAAUGACGAUGGCGCUCCGUACAGCAUUCCCUCAGACAACCCGUUUCUAGGAGAGAGGGAGUCCCGACCAGAGAUCUAUGCUUAUGGAGUGCGUAACAUGUGGCGUUGCUCUAUUGAUCGUGGCGACGGGGCUACAGGCCAAGGCCGAGGCAGGAUGUUUUGUGGUGAUGUCGGCCAGAACAAAUAUGAGGAGGUGGAUCUCAUUGUUAAAGGAGGCAACUAUGGAUGGAGAGCAAAAGAAGGCUUCAGCUGCUACGAUCGCAGACUCUGUCAGAACUCAUCUCUCGAUGAUAUAUUGCCUAUCUUCGCCUACCCUCACAAGCUGGGUAAGUCAGUGACAGGAGGAUACAUCUAUAGAGGCUGCCAGAUGCCAAACCUCAACGGGCUCUACAUCUUUGGAGAUUUCAUGAGUGGGCGUCUGAUGUCCUUGAAGGAGAAUCACACCACAGGUGAAUGGCACUACAAUGAGAUCUGUAUGGGACGAGACCAGACCUGCAGAUUCCCCAAACUCAUCAACAGUUACUAUAAAUACAUCAUUUCUUUUGCUGAGGACGAGUCAGGCGAACUGUAUUUCUUAGCCACGGGUGCCCCAAGUGCAACAGCCAGAGCAGGAGUGGUCUAUAAGAUAGUGGACCCCUCCAGGCGAGCUCCACCAGGAAAAUGCAACAUCAAGCCUUCGCCAGUCAAGAUAAAAGGGAAGCUGAUUCACUUCCAUCCCAAAGAGGAGUUUGUAAUCGACAAGAGGCCGACUACCACGCCUGUUCCCACGACAACCACAAGAAAACCAACAACAACAACAACCAGAAGAAUGACACCACUCCCACCAACAAGAAAAACAACAAGAAGAACAAUGCUACCGCCAACAACCGCAACAACAACCGCAACAACAACCACAAGUUAUCGCUCAACCGUCAUGACUGCAGCCUCCUCUAGGAUUGCUCAAACCCCCAUCCUCACCACACCUUCACCAAGGAGACAUUGGAGAACCCUUCCUAGUACCACCACCCAACCUUUAACCUCAUCACAGCCUCCUACAACUCCAUCCGUACCAUUGAAAAGACCCACUGCAUGUGAUCCAGAGCGUCUUGGCCCACUGACCACACCAAGGACGCCAUAUUGGACUCAAAGUCAGAGGUCCACAGGAUCACCUUAUAGAUCCCAGAGACCCACAAUAAACACCACGUUGCCUAAAAAACAAGGAGAGACAUGGCUUGGCCAGAAGCUGGACAACAAUGAGGAAGGGAACCAAGUGUAUAAAAGACCCAGAGGAAGAGGCAGAAACCAUGGUUACAAGAGAAGGUAUCGCAUUGGCUCAGUGCGACUGGUAAGCGCUGACGGUUUACCAGAUCGUGGUAGAGUUGAGAUCUUUAUACGUGGGGAGUGGGGGACUGUAUGCGACGACCUUUUCACCAGCAAGGCGGGUACGGUGGUGUGUCGACAGCUCGGCUUCACGACGGCCGUGGCGGUGAUGAAGAGGGCGGCGCUGGGGGAGGCGGACAGCAACGUCAGGAUCUUUUUGGAUGACGUUGAGUGCGAGGGAGGGGAGAGGUCGCUGCUGUGGUGCAAGAGAUCCAGGGUUGGGAAGCACAACUGCUCACAUGGGGAAGAUGUAGGGGUGAUAUGUGGUUAG